AUGGGUGAACGAACUAUUAUAAAACGGUCGAAUUCGGAAAAACCGUCUUUUUUUGAGGAUAUAUAUGGGAGUAGUCAAAAAGAAUCGUUUGAAAUUUCUGAUUCAAGCAUAGAAGGUUCGCCUAUCCUAAAGGUUCGUAAUAAAACCACUGAUACAAAAGCAUCAGUAAUACCUGCACAUCUAACAUUUCGUCACUAUGAAGACGCAGCUGGCGCACACGAGUCGCAUUCAAUUGAAACCGAUCAUGACGCACUUAAGCCUGAAAUUCCACCAAAUUACUUCAUUCCACGUUGUUAUACUACUUUUGAAGUCGUUCCUAAUGCAGAUAUCGCAAAUUUUCAAAGCACAAAAGAAGGUAAAACAGAAAGUGCAGAUUAUUGUGCUGCUUUUUGUUAUAAUAGUGGCUGCAGUGCAGCGGUUUAUGAGCCAUCAAAAAUAUCUGGUGUGAAAGGCAAAUGCAAGGUUCAGUUUGGUGGGCGUGAUCAGUGUGGACCAGAUUUACAAAGGCAUUAUCAUAUUGAACCCAAUGAACCCGUCUAUAUACAAUCAUCUCCACCAGGAUGUGAUUUAAAAGCACUAAUGAAUUUGUUGCAAAACCAAUCGAGUGCGAUUCAUGAAACAUCAAGCAUGCCUCCUACUGUCAGUACUAUCAGAAUUUCAACGGAAAACAUGGCCAGCUUGACUGAAUCUACUGUACCGACUGAAGCUCAGUCAAAAAUCAGCGAGACUUCAUCUGCAAGUGUUGCAAGCACAACUGAACCAUCGGAGGGUGCAGAAACAACAGAACAAAGUCAGCCAACUAGUGAGCAGCCAUUUAUUUCAAGUUUAGGUAUCGAAAGCACACCAUCGGAGGGUGCAGAAACAACAGAACGAAGUCAGCCAACUAGUGAGCAGCCAUUUAUUUCAAGUUCAGGUAUCGAAAGUACACCAUCGGAGGGUACCGAAGCUAUAGAACAAAGUCAGCCAACUAGUGAGCAGCCAUUUAUUUCAAGUUUAAAUGCAAUUCAAAAUGAAUCACCAUCAGUUGCUGAAUCUGUAGAUGAGCCUAUAAAGAAACUCAAUGGCACGCAACUGCAACAAGCAGGUGAGAAAUAUUCAACAAUUUUUUCUCUCCAGUGUUCUCAUUUUAUUUGUGAUCUCGAAGAUUGCAUUGUGCAGUUUCAAGCAGUUCCUUUUGAUUCAUCUAACACUGAACAUAAUUUAUCCGGCUUUAUUUCUUCUACAAAAGUAAAUUCACCAGAAAUAUGUGCUAAGAGAUGCUAUCAGGAAGGGUGCACAGCUGCCAAAUAUGAUCCAACUUCUGAAGAUUGUAUAUUGUCUUAUCAGGAUGGCCAGAUAUGUUCACCUGGAACGAAAAUUUAUACUGUUAAAACCACACAACCCAUUUGGAUUCACUGUACUAGCUGUAGAGCGAAUACUUUACCCAAAGUUAUUCCAGAGAAGCUGCAAGUAUGUCAUUUUAUUCCCAUCGGGUCGACGGAAAGUUUUCCUGAAAUUACAACAAAAAGUUUGAAACCAUUAGAGAAAAUUAGUGAACGUACAGAGCAAACUGUUGGAAUUACUGAAAUAAGUUCAGCCAUGAUGUCAAGUUCAACACAAUCAGAAUCCACUAGCGAAGAAACUCCAGUUGAUAAAAUAAGCAUAGAAACAACUUCAAGUUCAGAAUUAAGUGCUGAAAUCACUAAAAGUGCUGUAGAGAUAAGUGAAUCCAUUUUAAGUUCACCAACAUUUGAAACCAGUGAAAGUCCUACAGAAACUACAGAAACUCAAAGUAGUGAAAUAAGUAAGAUUAUAACACCAACUUUAUUGUCGUCUGAAGCCAGUGGAAAUAUAAUAGUGACAAGUGAGACUACUCCUCAAACCUCGGAGUCACAUGAAACUACUAGUCCAGAACAAAAUGCUGCAAAUUUGCCGAGUGGGAUAUCUGAAUUUACAUCAGCGCCAAGUGAAGAAAUUAGUGGGAAAAUAGAACAAAUGACUCCAACUUUCGAUAAGGAUAUAGAGUUAUCCACAAAAUCACUUGAAGAAAUGAGUGAAAUCCCAGAAAAAAUCGCAGCUAGUAUAGUUACUACCGCUGUUACUCCUGCUAUAAGUUUGGAAACAUCUGAAGAAGUCAGUGCAACCUCUGAACAAACUGGAAAGACUUCAGUAGGUGAAACGAGUGAAGGUAGUUCACAGACUAUGCAGUCAAAUAAAAUUACUGGGAGUCCAAAAGAAUCUGAAGCCAGCGAAAAUGAAAAAACUACAGAAACUCAGAUUAGCGAAAUAAACGAUACCAUAAUACCAACUUUAUUAGCAUCUGGAAUUACUGAAAGUGUCAUGGAGAUAAGUAAAUCCAUGAGAAUCACCAGCCUAUCACCAACCAGUGAAGGUGAAAGUAUUAAAACUGAUUCUAGCAAAAUAAAUGAGAUUACAAGUUUAAAGACACCUGCAGUCACUAAAAUUAAGGUAGAAACUGUAGAGACCGCAUCUACUCAAGUAAGUUCUACCAGUUCUCUGAGCUUGCAACAGUCUGAAUCUACUGGAAGUCCAAAGGAAACUGAUGAGGUGAGUGAGGGCAUAACGCCAAGUUUAAUGGCAUCUGAAAUCACUGGAAGCGCUGCAGAAACAAUUAAAGCCAUGCUAAGUUCACCACCAAUUAAAAGCAGUGAAAAUGCUACAGAAACUAUAGAAACUCAAACUAGUGAAAUAAUUGUAACACCAGUUUUACUGACAUAUGAGGUCACUAGUGGUGAGGCAAAUGAGACCCCACCAACGAGAACCACUGGAAUUCCAUCAGAACUUGAAUCUCAAACAAUCGAUAUAAGUGAAAUUACGAUGCCAAACCUAAAGCCACUUGAAACUAUCACAAGUUCAGAACAAACAACCAUUGAGACAAAUGAGGCUAUUCUUCCAGGCUCAGAAUCACUCAAAACCACUACCUCAGAGCAAACUAUCACUAGUUUGCCGAGUGAAGAAACUGGAUUUGUAUCAAGGAUUAGUGAAAAAACAGAACAAACUAUGGAUAGGCCAGCUUUCAAGGAAGAUAUAAGGUCAACCACAAAAGCACUCGAAGAAAUGAGCGAAACCUCACAAAAAGCAAGUGAUGGAGGUCUUGAAGUUGCUACUCCCUCAAGUUUGGAAAUAUCUGCAGAAGCUGGCGCAAGUUCUGAACAAACGAUAUCAGUUAGUGAAACGACAAAAGAAAGCCUAGAGCAAUCUUCAAUUAGUGAAAAACUUGCACCAAUAUCGAAUUUUGUAUCUGAAGGAGUCACUGAAAAUCUGGAAGAAACCACGAAAAUUACGAGAAGUGAAGUAGCAAGUUCUCUAAAAAGCAGUGAAACUAUUGAAACAAAUGAAAUCACAAGCUCGCAUCCAUCUAUCGAAAUUAGCACAGAAUCUCCACUUAGUGAAAUAAAAACCACACAACUCUCCAGUGAGCAAGAGUCUUCUGAUGAACAAGCCAUUAAAACGAAGAUUGCUCAAAAUGAAUUAGUCGAUGAAGAGCACGAAUGCCGAGUUUCGUUCCAAGCUCAUCCAAUAACUGAUACUGAAUCUACAGCAAGCUUCGAGAUCGAGAAGGACGUUUCAGAUCCAAAUGCCUGCGCACUGGCUUGCUAUAAAGCAGGUUGCACUGGAGCAAAAUAUGGUAUCAAAGCAAAAAAAUGUGCGUUAAGUUUUAGUGAGAAGCAGCAAUGUGAUGGACAUGAAGAUACCCAAGAAAUAAAUGAUUCAAGUGAAGCGUGGUGGAUACAUUGUUUAAGCUGCAUUACAACAGAAAAUAGAAAUCAUAAUCGAUUAUAUUUGCCAAUUCCAGAAAAAACCGAAUCCACAGAUAAUAAUUUCGUAUUUGACGUUGGAAAAUUCACUACAGUUACAAUAUUUGAACCAUCAGAAUCAUCCAUAUCUAGUGGAGUUACAGCUGAAAAGAGUAGUACUACAGCGGGUUGGAUGUCACCUAGAUUUGAACAUACUGAAACAUCUGAAAGUGCUACAACUGAAAAAGCCAGCGAGCCUCUUACUGAAUCAAGUAUUGAAUUACCCAGUGGAGGAAGUACUCGAGCAACACCACUCGAAUCUACUGAAUUGCUUGCCAUGUCAACUAAAGAAACUAUGUCAGCUGAAACUUAUGGUUCAUUUGUUGAAUCGAGCAUUGGAGAAAGUACUUCAAUCAGAACAGUGUUGCCUAAAUCAGUAUCCUUUACAUCAACUGAGUAUAAAACAAGUAUCAGUGAGCCAAUGAAAUUAUUUAGCACAGAAAGUAUCCAACCAAGCAGAGAAGCAGUUUCAUUUUUGCCUGAAACUACUUCUGAAGUCACUGAAGUUUCUACCAUUAUUAGUGGUGCAACUGAAGCAAAAACUGCCAAAUCUGCCGAAUUCACAUCUGAGCCAGUUAGUGAAAAAGGUUUUCCAACAAAUAGCCAUGAAGAAACAUCAACCACCUUUGAAAAAACUGAAUCAACUGGUAUUAUAACUAAGGCACUUGGGGAGUCCACAGAAUCGCCUAAAGUGCUUCAGAAAGUCACGAUACAACAGCAUGAAGGUGCUUCUUCACAUUCAGGAUCUGAAAGAGAGUUAAUUCCUGAAGUACUGUCUAGCCCAGCAUUCAGUACAGAAACCAGCGCUCUACCAGAAGAACAUUUUAGUUCGUCAACCGACGAAGAAAAAAGUAUUGCAAUAACAGAACCACCCAUACGAGAGGUUUCUGAUUUCGUGGAUGUGCUUAGUCAAAAUAAAAAUCUAGGAGAAAUACUUGGUCGAACGACAAUUGCGCCUUCUGGAUGUGCAAAGGGCAAUUUGACAUUUUUCGGCCGAGAGAUAGCAAACUUACAUGUACAUUUCCAUGCUGAUAUGCAAGUAGAAUCAGUUAAUGAAUGUUUGCAAAUAUGUCACACAUUGCAAUGCUCAAUGGCAGCAUUUACGCGUGAUCCAACUCCAACAUGUUUGAUGCAGCUAAGUCCAAUGAGAAGUCGUGCUUGCGACAGCCUCGAUCCAUCAUUGCGAGUUCCUACUUGGAAUUUGGCUGAUGAUAAAAAUGUACUUCUUAUUCAGUGCAUUCAAUGUGGCAAUGAAGCUUCCUCAGAUGAUAUUUUUCCUGUUGUGCCACGAAGUAUCGAUAUUACUCAUCUUCUUAGCGCUCAACGAAAACAUGCAAUCAAUUCAGCUACCAUGGCAAAAGAUGGAGAGGACUCUCGUUGUUUUGGACGAAUCGAAUUUCAAACGAUGCCAGUAGGGAGCUUGCCACGUCUUAACAUUACCAACGAUAUUCCCGUGAAAUCAGCAGCUGAAUGCGCUGAUAAAUGCUACAACACGAAGGGCUGCUUUGUUGCUGGAUAUAUACCGAAUCCACUUGGAUCAUCGACGGAAGACGUGUGUUUGUUGACAUCAGACAUAAACGUUUGUCCAUCUAGUAAUUUCGUUCCACAGUAUAUUUCAAAAAGAGCUUUCAUCAUUACUUGUUUGAAGUGUUCUGCAUGUAAAUAUACGAUUAGUGCUGCACCAAGUGAUCAUUUCGAGACUACAAAUGACGAUUCAGCGACAGCAUUUUCGAUUGAUCAGUGCGCUUUAGAAUGUUUCAGACGAAAAUCUAAAAAAAAUGAAGGUUGUCCGCGAGAAAUGCCAGUCAACGUGACCAAUUCAGUUCUUUUAGAAUGUGUCACAUGUUCCUACUGA